AUGUUAUCAAAUACGCGCCAACUCAAUAUUUUAUUAACAAAAACUUUAUCCGUUCACAACAGAACAUGCAGAACACGUCAGCUUUUCCAAUCCGUUUCUUCACGAUAUGUAGCUACUGAAGGCAAUAAUAAAAGUGUGCACUCUAAUUCUUUAUCAAAACCAGACCAUUGGCUUAAAAAAAUCACUUGGAAUAAGUUUUUUACCGGUGUGCCACAACUUGACACGUUAAUUAAUGAAAGGUUGAAAAUAGAAUCUAAGAAGCAUACUAUUGAAAAUAAAUUGGAAGAGAGAAGACAACAAUUUCAGGAAAAACAAUCCCGGAACACAAAGUCUUUACAUAUUGCAGUUGGAGGCAUUUGCUCUCGAAUGCGAAAUGAUUGGAAUAAAUAUCAUAAGGCUACUGAAAACAAAGAUGAACAAUAUUUAUUACAAAAAAAUGAUUUUCAAAAAAUUUAUAAUGUCUCUUCGGUUAGUGACUUACCUGACCUGUAUAAAUUCUAUUGCGGUCAAUUUUUGAACGAUCAAAGACGUGACAUAUUUAUCAAUGGGACAUUUAAGGAACUCCAGAACAAGGAAAAUUUACAACAAGCAAUUGCUUCUUGUGCAAACAAUGUAGAGGCAGUACAUCGAGUAUUUCAAAGAUUAUUUCCAACCUUCCUAGAUGUUUGUCCUCAUCCGGUAUCUCUUGCGGGAGUAGCUCACAUGGGAAGCAUGUUUUUAACGACGAACAAGGAUUGGGAUAAGUUUAUAAGCAAUUCUGAGACGACGUAUAAAAGUUUAAAUGAGUCAAUUGAAUCAACUUUAGGAGAAUUGGCUGAUAAAGCUUUGAAAGAAGGAAACAAACAUGAAGGUGAUCCAUGGUUGAAACAAUUGAAUUGGAGAACCGAUGGUAAAGACCUUCCGGAAUGGUAUCGCAAAAUCUAUAACAAAAAGUCAAAUAAGGUUCGAGUGACUGCUUUAAGUCGAAUCGCACCGAUUUUGUUGAAAUUGAAAUGGUUAAAUUAUCCUGUUCAUUAUUCAAAACAAUACGGAUGGGUGUAUCGUGUUCCGAUUGGGGAUAAAAAUUUUAUAGCACAUUCGAUACCGCUCGAUUUUCUUACACAACCAGAGCAUGCCCACUAUGAGGCUCGAUUUUUAGAGGAUAAAAGUGGAUUGUAUUAUUGCAUACCAAAUAAAGUUGGAAAAACUAAUCGAUGUGGUUCUCCACUUUCUAAAAAAUAUAUAGGGGAUUUUGAAAAUGGUACUUUGAAAUCUGAUUGUAAAGCAGCCGAAAAAAUUUUGAAGUUUCGAGCGGCCUGUACCUAUUGGACUUCUAUUCGAAAUAGAAUUAAGUCUCAACUGAUAAUUUAUCCUGGUGACUCUGGAAUAUACAACUUUGGGUUCGAUCUGAGUGAUGAUGAAAACAUUGGAAUACUUUUACCGAAAACUGUAACGAUGGGAACAAUUACACGACGUAUGGUUGAAAAUACCUGGGCCGUUGCAACAAAUCCCAAGGAAUAUUUGAUAGGUUCAGAACAAAGAUCUAUGAUCAAAGCACCUAAAGGGUAUAAAAUAAUAGGAGCGGAUGUCGAUUCACAAGAAAUGUGGAUAUCAAGCUUGAUAAGUGAUGCGGAGUUUGGAUAUCAUGGUGCUACUGGACUGGGAUUAAUGAUGCUUCAAGGUAAUAAAUCUGAUGGUACAGAUUUACAUUCCAGAACAGCUAAAAUUUUGGGAAUAUUACGAGAAGACGCUAAAGUUUUCAAUUACAGCAGAUUAUAUGGGGCCGGUAUUCAGACGGUCUGGCAAAUGCUUGAAAAUUCCCUCGUUAACGUGAAAAUAGAAGACGCUAAGGAGAGGGCGGAAAAUCUAUUCAAUAAAACAAAAGGUCAGAAUGGUUAUGGUUUAUGUAAAAAUGGUCGUAGAUUUUGGUUCGGAGGCAGUGAGACUUACUUGGCAAAUCGUUUGGAAGAAAUCGCAACUUCUUCAGAACCUGUUACUCCAGUCUUGAGAUGUGGGAUAACUAAUGCGUUGAAAUCUGCAAGUGUGAAUCGAAAUUUUAUGACCUCGCGUAUUAAUUGGAUAGUUCAAUCAUCUGGAGUUGAUUACCUUCAUUUGCUUUUGGUGUCAAUGAAAUAUUUGAUUAAAAAAUAUAAGAUAAAUGCGCGUUUUAUGAUAUCUGUUCACGAUGAUGUGCGUUAUCUUGUUAAAGAAGAAGACGCAUAUCGCGCCGCAUUGGCACUUCAGAUUAGUAAUCUAUGGACUAGAGCAAUGUUUAGUCAUAUGUUGGGUAUUGAAGAUCUUCCUCUGACUACUGCAUUUUUUGCGGGUGUAGAUAUCGAUCACGUGUUUCGAAAAGAAGUUGAUAUGAAAUGCGCUACGGUUUCGCAUCAGAUUGAAAUAGAUUCAGGAAUUUGUGUUUCAAUGGAGGAUAUUUUGAAACACCAAAAGACAUUAUGGCGUGAUGGGUGCGAUGAAUUAUUGAAAUCUGAUUCUAUAAGAAAUAUAAAACCUUAUGACGCGUCUUUAUGGAAGCCAUAUCAACCAACAAACGAUGAAUUAUAUCUUAAAGCUCAGUCCAUGUCAUCUAUCGAAGAAAUAAGAAAUUUAUAUAACCAAAAAAAGGACAAUUCGGUCACUUCAAUACCAAAUGAAAUGCGACAUGUUAAGGAGGAGUAUUACCGUGCGCAUACAUACCAAAGAUUAAACAAGAAAAAGCGAGUAUUUGAGCCAUACGUUGAGACCUCUAAAGUCGAGGGACAAAAAAAUAAAAAAUCAAGGUAA